AUGAGUACCGUCACUCUAAGAUGGAUUGGCGAUUUAGAUCAAGACAAACGUGAACAAGCUGGGUGUGUCAGUUCUUCAAGCGACCAAUAUCGUCCUAAAAAGAUAGAAUUGAAGCCUGGCCAAAAGGAAAUCCGCAUUGGACGUAUUAACACGAAAAUCCCCCCUGACUACCCAAUUGAAAGCUGCAUUAACAGCCGAAUGAUAUCACGAAAUCAUGCAACUAUAGAACGCUCGGCGAAAGGGGGUUCAAUUCUCUAUGAUCAUAGUAUGAAUGGAACGUACGUCAACUAUACAAGAGUUAUGGGUGGAGUAACUCUAAAACAUGGAGACAUUGUGUGUUUUGGGCAUUUAAAUGGCGCAAACCUUAAGCCUGGGGAGCCAGUAGCUCUCUUUUAUUCCGACUUGAAGUAUCGAGUGGAGCUAAGUGAUUCCCCAACUAAGGAAAAUGUUGUAACUGGAACAGCCAAAAAACGCAAGUCUUAUCCUGCUCAGCCAGGUUCAACAGUGUCCUCUACUCAACGUUCUGAUGGGGAAGAUGAUUCUAUUGGGUCUAGUGAUGAGUCCACGGAUGCCAAACGACCUAGAAGUAAUACAACUUCAAGUGCACAACGCACUGCUAACCGUCAAAAAUUCAAGAAGCCUGCUAGUUCAAAUCGUCAUAAGGUAGAUGAAGAGGAUGAUGAAGAUAGCAAUGAAGAUCCCGAUGAUAGUUCAAGCAACAAACGAUUAAGUUCUGCAGGUUCCAAAACUAUCAAAAAACGUUCAAACGGUACGGACAAAAUCAAAAAGUCUCAUUCUAAUUCUGUUUCACGCAAGUCCAGUGGAACAAAACCCGGUCAUACACAUAAUAAAGAAAAACGCCGUUCUGGGAAAUCCAGCAAAUCUGGAGGCUUCGAUGCGGAAGAUGAUGCUGGUGGAGGUGAUAUGUUUCAUUAUGACAGUGAAGAGUGUUCAGCUAGACCAUGCAAGCAGCCUCAAGAUAUAGCAAUAGAUUGGAUUCAGUGUGAUCGUUGUACUCUAUGGUAUCAUCAAGAUGUUAUAGAAUCUUAUUUAGAGUUGAAAUUACACUCACUUCGUUCAUCCGAUCCGAAGUCAGUAAAUCCCCAUACUGUGACAAAAGUGCCACCACCUCAUGAUCGUGUGAAUUUAUCCAAUAAUAUAUCCAAAUCAAAUGUUGUUUCCACACCUUUACCUUCUUCAAUUUUCUAUGAACCUUGGCAUUCUAUGUGGAAAUUUAUUAGAAUGAAUCCAAUCUAUGGAAUAGGCGGCAAAACUUUACCACCGAAAUGUAUAUUAUUUAUGGAUCCUAAGUAUAUCCCACCUAUUCAUUCACUCUCAAAGAUUGAUAAUGCAAAUCUACCCUCUUCUACUGCUUUGGAUUUCUGUUACGAAGCUCUGCUGUUUAUGACACAGGCUUAUGAGACUGUUGUACGAGUAACUUUAUUUAAAGACUCAAAAACAGAAAAUGGCGAGUUUAUGUGUAAUUGUGAUCCGUACUUGAAUUUACCGUGUCAUUUUGGUAUUACUGAAUUGACAUCAAUGGAGGACUUUGUAAAACAACAUAUUUGGUCAUCCAUAUGCAAACAGUUUUCAGCUGAUGAAUGAAUUUCUUUGUAAUAUAUCUGGUGUGAGAGACUCCGUACUGUUUUUCAAAUGAUUCUUUUGUACAAAUCACCUAUACUUUAUUCUGUUUUGGUUGAGAUAAUUGACUUGAGUGUUAAUAGUCUUUUAACAAGUAAACGAGUACUUCACAUCUGAAUUGUGAACUUUACUGCUAUCCAACGAACGAUCAUACUUAUAACAGCUAGAAAAUAAAAAAGGUCGUAAUUCAGGUUCUUGAAGUAUCCUCAAUAUCGGAAGCAAAUAGGAAGUCUGAGGGUUAUUUUUCUGACGUAGAUUAGUCUACUAUUUUGGUUUUAU